AAUAGUAGUAGUGAAUUUACAACAUGAAACCAUUUGUGUUGGUGGCCUGCGCCGUGCUGUCGAUGGUACAGGCUCGUCCUGAGGCCGGUUACGCGUACAGCCCGCCGUCCACCUCUUACGGAGCUCCAAGCGGAGGCGGUGGAGGUGGCGGAUUCGGAGGCGGCGGACAUGGCGGAGGCGGCGGCGGAUUCAGCGGAGGCGGCGGUGGAUUUGGAGGAGGCGGCGGUGGAUUCGGAGGUGGAGGCGGUAAGUGA